UCCAAACUGACAUUGAGGCACACCCUAGAAAUCGGAGCAGAGACCAUGAGUGAUGUCCAUCCCCAGACAAUUCAGGAUAUACCAUGGCACUUUUUGACAAAGUUGAUGGCCUUGAACAGAACUGCACUUAAUACUCACUAUGAAAGUGAUACCCAAAUAAUCAAUUUUAAUGAAAGCAACUUAAUUUUUGACACAUCAAUGAUUGAAGGGAAAAGUAGUUCAACAGAAUCUAUUCAUCCCCUGGAUGUACUCUGUGUUGUCAUCCAUUGUUCAGACAGUUUUCUACAGCAGGAGAUUGUGACCAAAAUGGCCAUGUGUCAGUUUUCUGUCCCUCUGCUGUUGCCUGCUGGUGAUGGGUCACAAUGCACCUUCAUGCUGUGGGCAAUGAGGGACAUUGUGAAGAAGUGGAGACCUCAGUCACUAGCAGACAGUAAAGGGUUUAGUGAAGAAAAUGUGGUAAAUAUUCCUAUGCCAAUUUUCUCCUUCAUCAGACUGGGUGACACCAAACUAUCCAAAUCUAAAAUCCUAAAUCAAGUUCUUAAUUCAACCCAGCAACAACACAACGUCUUCAUACAUGAUGAUAUGGAAGGAGGAAACAUCGAAAGAAAAAUAUCUGAUGGACUGGUGGAAAUGUCCUGGUAUUUUCCCUGUGGUAAGUCUGAUGUCUUUCCAGAACCCAUCACAGUGACCAACCUACGAGGAGACCUGGAGACCAACUGGGAACAGUUCACAUUUCUGACUCGAGUCUCAUCAGCUGUAUUCAUAUUCAUUGAGAGUAUUUCUGAGAUACAAUUCAGACUGUUAUCAUCCUGCAGUAACACUGGCACCGAGUUCUAUCUCAUUGUUACUCCAGAAAAGGGGAAAAAAGUAAGUAUGGAGACCUCAAAGCACAUAAAGAAUUUAAUGACAAUUUUAAAGAUGAAUGCAACAAAUAUUAUUCUAAAAACCAGCACAGAAAACGAUGCAGCAUUGGUGAGGAAAAUUCAGAAUAGCAUUGAGAAUGUUAUAAAAAACUGUCAGGGAAAAAAGCAAAACCUGUGUAGAGCUACAAAUGAAAUCCAAAGUCUUCAUAUCUUUGUGGAUGAGAAUUCUGAUGAAUGUCAGAAAGCAAAAGAAAAUGCAAGUAAAAUUACUUCUGCAAUAAAAGAUGUGGAAGAGUAUAAAAGGGAAACACUGAAACUACAGGGAGAUCUGUGGAAAGAAUUGUCAAAAGUAGAGAAAGAACUUUGCAGAAUGGCGAAACAAGGGGCA